AUGAUGCAGAACAAGAUUCAACUCGUUGUUUUGCUCGCAGGAAUCCUGUCGAAGGCUUCAUGUGACCAGUAUCGAUUUGUCCUAAUCAAAGAACCAAAGACCUGGGCAAAAGCGCAAUCGUACUGCAGGGAGAAAUACACGGAUCUGGUGACGGUUCAGAGCGAUGAAGACAGAGCCAAACUAAAGGAGGCAGCAGAUGCUGUGAGCUUCACAUCUGUCGCCUGGAUCGGCUUCUACAAAGACCCUUGGCGUUGGUCGCAUCAAAACACGGAGAUCAGCUAUGAGAAGUGGGGUUUCCAGGAGCCGCACUUGCCCAACACAAACGAGGCCUGUGCGUUUGUAAAUAGAAACGGACAAUGGAGUGACACAUCCUGUACUGAACUAAAAUACUUCUUUUGCCAAACUGACUACAACAUACUUCAGUACAAGUUUAGGUAUUUUGAAUGGAACAUGAACUGGCAUGGUGCUCAAAGAUACUGCAGAUCAAGCUACGUAGACCUGGCCACCGUUACAGACGACACUGAGAACACAUACCUCGCAAAUGUGAUUAUAAGACAGUACGACAAUGAGGGCUGGAUCGGCCUGUCCAAGAACCUGGGGCUGUGGCAGUGGUCGGAUCAGACCAGCGUAUCGUCGUCUGUGCAAUGGGAUUCCGGGCAGCCCGAUAACAUGAACAGCACUGAAGAUUGUGUGAGUGCUGAUACUGAUGGACAGAUGGCUGACGACACCUGCUCGACUCGACUGCCUUUCUACUGCCGUGAGAACACGAAGAUACAGCGUGUGAGAUUCGCAGUGAAAUCAGACGGAUCUCUGGACGAAUCCACAGUGAUGGAGGCCAUAGAGAAGAAGAUGAAGCAGAUGUUCUCGGAUCUGGACGUGGAAAUCACAUCCAGCAUAAAAUGGAUUGUUCAACAUGACGGGACAAUCUUCCAGCAGCAGGAAACACAAGAAAACACAAGAGACGCAUGAGUAACAUCCAAAUGCUAGACUCGGAUACGUACCAUAUCUUGUCCAGUCAUUUAUGAAUUAUGAAUUUAUGAA